AUGCAAUUCAAGGCUGUUAUCCUCUCUGCCUUCAUGGCUGGAGCAGCCAUUGCUGCUCCGGCCAACAGCACAUCACAGGGAAGGACUGGCUCUAGCUCUAGCUCUGGUAAUGCUGCCGGCCUUCCUAGCUUCCCCGGAUCUCCCAGUGGUGGCACUCCAACUAUCCCAGGCAUUCCCAGCCUCCCCAGUCUUGGUUCUGCGCCGGAUUGUGAGAAAUUAGUGCGUUCUAUUGCCUCUUGCGCGGCCAAGGGUGAUUUGGUCCAGAUCCUCAUCUGUGCUAGAACUAAUGUUCCAACUGCCUGCAAGUGCUAUGAAGAGCUUCCAAAGGGUCAAUUGACCCUCCCUUUCAUAGACCAAAUCUGCUCAAUCGCUGCGCCAGGCCAAGGCUCUGGCUCAGUCUAA